AUGUUAUACCGAUCAGUUCUAGUAUUGGGAUAUCCGGAUGGUUUCCAGAUUUGGGAUAUUUCAAAUGUAGAUAAUGUUAAUGAAUUAAUCUCAAUUAGAGAUGAUGAAAAAAUUGGUGAAGUAAAAGUCGCAAAGAUAAUACCAAAUCCGCGUAUUGCUUCCAAAGACGAUAUAGAUGAAUAUGCAGAUCAACAUUUAAAUGAUAAUAAUAAUAAAACAACGACUAUCCCCAUAACAACUACUGCAAAUACCGAUAGUAAUGAUACUGAAUUAAUUAAACCAUAUUCAAUACCUUAUGUUAUUAAUCCUAAAUCAUCUCAAUCAUUGACAGCAUCAUUAUUGACACCACAUAAUAGUUCAGAAUUCGAUGAUAUCAUUAAAGAAGAACAAGAACAAAAACCAAUUACCGCUAUUACUAAUAAUACUUCAACUGGAAAAAAUAGUUACGAUUUUAGUAAUGAGUUUAGUGAUUCAUUGUUCGGAUCAGGAGAAUUUGAAAGCUCAUUUUUAUUUUCAAAUGAUGAUAAUUUAAGUAGUUUGUCUAGUAAUAAUAAUAAUAGUAGUGGUAAAAAACAAAUCUUUGCAUGUUCUACAUUGCUCGAAAUUAUGGUUUAUCCUGAUGGUAUUAAUAAGGGUGAAAUUAUUUCAUCAUACCUACAAAAAAAGGCACUAAAUUUAGUUCUAUCAAAUCGGGAAAAACAAGAUUCUAGUGCCACAGGGAUCCAAAAUAAAUUAAAAUUAUUAAAGAGUGAAAAUGAAAAGUUGACUAAGAAAAUUGAAUCAGCUACUUCGAAGAAGAGAACUCUGGCCAUCAAACUAAAAAAACAAGAACAAAAUAGAGAUCUUUAUAUUUCACGAAUGAGAUCAUUAGUUUUGAAAAGAAAAAAUGUAUCAGAAGAAGAGAUCCAAAAAAAUAUAACAAAAAAGAUUAAAGAGAAUAAACAUACCUAUACGCCUGAGUUUACUGCUCUAAUAUCCCAAAUUAGCAAUAUAGAAGUGGCAGAACUUGCAAUUAUUGAAAAUCUUCCAAAUUCCACUUUUACAUUUGCUUCAUAUGGAAUCCUAGCAGAUGAAAGCACAAGAGGAGAUAAAAAAAUCUUCUUAUUAGAAUGCUCAAGGAAUGUUCCUGAGGGAUAUCUUCAUAAAUGGAAAACAUUCCUAGAAUUCCUACUGAAUGAAAAGUUGAAUAUAGAAAUAUUAAUAAUGGUUAAAUUUGGGGAAUGGUUCUAUGAAAGAAUAAUAAAUUUUUUAAUUGGUUCUGAUAAACAUCCUUAUAUUAUUCAAGGAACUUCUAGUAAACCUCUACCAAAUGGAUAUCGUGCUCAUCAGAUGCCUGAAAUGGUAGAGAUUUGGAUUGAUGAAUUAAAAAAUGCUUUACAGAGUCCUGAUGAAAAUUUUAUAAAGGAAUUGCAGACAGCCCAUGACCUAUUAAAUGAGCAAGAAUUUCUAAAUUUGGCAGAUAAAGUACAAUUAGCUUUUUCAAAAGAUAUGAGCGAAAAUCUAAAGAGCAUACCAACUGAUGAUCCAAAAACAGACUAUAUUAUUUUGAUUGAUCGAGAAAAUUUAGUGGUUGUUGAAGAUGAAAUCCAUGAUGAUAUAACUUUAGAAGAACUUGUCGAAGAACUUCCUGAGAAUGCACCAAGAUAUAUUGUGUUAAGUUAUGAGUUGAAUCAUGAGGAUGGAAGAAAAUCAUAUCCAUUAGUAUUAAUUUAUUAUUCACCUAUAUCUACAAAUCCUGAAGCACACAUGCUGUAUACUAGUUCAAAAGUAUAUUUUCAACAAAAAGCAGAUUUAAAUAAAACAUUUGACAUUCGUGAAUUAGAAUUGCUAAAUGAUGAAUGGCUAAAGGUGGGAGAAAUUAUUACAUUAAGGAAAUACAUUCUUAACGAUAAAAUCCCUUAA